AUGGGGUAUCUCGAUUCAUUGAAUAAUUUGCUGGAUGAAGCAUUGCUACCUGAUUUGACGCCGGCAUCGUUCUCUCAUCAUCUCUCCACCAGUCAUGUCCCAUCCGACAAGGUCUCAACCAUUCAUGCUGUCGUGACGCAGCAAAAGUCACAACUUGCAGCUCUCAACGACCACAUCGACCUUCUAAACCACACAUUGGACAAAUUACAAGUAAUCCAGGCUAGACUAAAGGAGAAACGAGCUCUUCUACACCGCCUACUACCAUCGGAGCUUCUUGGAGAGAUAUUCCUUCGGUGUCUUCCCGAGAGAAAUUAUGUCACGCCUUCGUCGAACGACUGCCCACUGGUCUUGACAAGGGUUUGUCGUCAGUGGCGAGCAGUUGCCUUGUCCACUCCUCGAUUGUGGUCAUCAUUAAGCAUAUCCCUACUCAAAGCAGAGAUGUCUGGUAGUGACGCGUACAAGUGCUGGCUGGAGAAAGCCAGGAGUGUCCCGCUAUCCAUUCGUGUGGUGCAUGAUGUGGACCUCUCAGAUGGGAACGAGCCUCUUUCCAUACAGUGGCUCCGACCUUUCUUGAGCCAAUGUUCUGACCUUUGGUGGCAUGGACCUCAUGUGCAAGGUCUAUUGGACAACUGUGUCCAGUCUCUGUCGCGCUUUCAGGUCACUUUCCACAAAGCAAAUUUCCUGGUCUCCUCUUUGCGUUCAAUUGAUUUACCUUGGCAUCAGCUUUUGGAACUGAAGAUACAGUUCGCACUGGUUAGCAGUGCUGCAUUUUUGCAGGCCAUCGGCCUCUGCACGCAAGUGCAACGAGUCAGCGUUUCCUGCAUAUGUGCGAAUAUAUCGCCGCAGACUGACCUAGAGCCGUUCCCUCUGGCACACACGGCGAACCACAGUAUCCAUCGACUUGAGAUCAAGGUUAUCCGCGCUGGCUUGGGUAGUCUUUUUGAUGCCCUAACCUUACCAGUGUUGGAGGAGCUGGUCAUCUGCUUCUGCUUUCCGGAGAGAGAUCCUUGGCCACACGAACAAUUCGCAUCCUUCGUUACUCGCUCCAAAUGCCCACUCAAGAGGCUCACCAUAUACCGCAGCAAGGGUGCUAAGUCACACCUCGCGGAAUACCUUAAGAUGGUGCCAGGUUUGAAGAUGUCGGUGUGAUCAAGUGAUCAGUGAUGGAUCUCAUCAGCUCUGUCAAGUAAUACCAUGUUCAAAAUAAUUCCAGCGUCUGCUGUUCUUUGUAUCAAGAUCCGAAUGUACUUUACCAAUCCUUUGAAUGAUCCAAAUUGAUAACUUCUCGUUAUCUUUGAGCCUCGCCGUAAAUAACAUUUUCUGCAG